UACCUGUCCCCAGCGAUGCUGCUAGGAAUAAUUAAUUAGUGUAUAUAAAGGUCUCUGCGGGCCUUGAGCAGCAGUAACCGUAGAAGCAUUGGCAAUUCUGUCCGGUUUUGUUUCGUACUCCCGGCUCGCACCUGUAGCUUGAAUUACGCUGCUUGCUUCAGCCUCUGAAGCCGGGCUCCGCCGCUCGCUCGGCAGCUACGGCCAGGCCACCCCGGGCUGCGAGUUGCUGCGUGCGGCCCGGUUAAUUCGGAGAACUCCUACAUGCAACGUUAGCAUCCUGAGACAUCAUUUCUGUGUCUCAGCGGGUUUAGAGAUGGAAGGGUCCCGCUGCGAGGCGUAGGGAUGGCCGGGGUGGGGCUGGCAGCAGUGACAUUUAGAGGCAGGGUGGGGGAGAGCGCCGAGGGCUGCGGCUGAACACAACCGAGCCGCCAGCAAAAGAACCCGAUGCCAAAUUAGGUGCGUUUAAUGCUUUGUCCCGUGUACACACCUAUUUACUCACGGGUUUAAUAUUCUAAAAACCUAGAAGCCGCUUCUAAUUUUCUUCCCAUAAGGUUACGGUAAAGAUGUCAUCUGAGCAGGACAAUUAAACCUCCGAUGAAACGUUAGCCAGGCAAGAGAGAUAGGAUUACUUCCUGCAGAAACAAGCAGCAUCACAGUACCGUCUAAGGAAGCUCUUGCUUGUAACAAUUUCAGGAUGUUGUUGCAGCAAAAUAAAUAUUUUUUAACUUGAUUCUUUAACUGCACAGAUUAAUUUCUGGAACUUCAAAAUACAACAACAGGUAUUUUGAAAUGUCUGCUACUUGUUUGUGGAUUUUGGAGCAGAAGAAAAAAAAUGAGAAACAUGCCUGAUUGUUGCAGAGAAGCCUUGGAGAUGAUUCCAUGAAACCACUAGGAUGCCUGGCUGCUUUAAAAAGACUUUAUUGGCCUUGGCUUCUCUAAUAAGUUUUGCAUCUUUUAUUUUGAUUGUUGUUGCAAUGGGGACCCCAAAGUGGAUGACUGGAAAGAUCCUUUGCAAAACAGGAGCUGAUUUGGUCAAUGCCACAGAUCCAGAGCUGAUCAAGUUCAUUGGAGAAAUUUACUACGGACUCUUUCGAGGCGGCAAAAUACGGCAGUGUGGGUUGGGUGGGCGGCGUUCCAAAUUCACCAUUUUCCCACACAUGGUGAAGAAGCUGAAUACAGGCCUGCACGUGAUGAUUAUAAUGUUCCUCUGUGUGGCCAUUUUCUUUUCUCUGGUCAGUUUUGGAUUCUGCAUUCUUAAUGCAAUCAAAGUUCCUUACCGGGCUAUUACAGGCCCAGCAGGAUUAUGCCUUUGGAACUUCCUUGCAGGUGGAUUUAUAGUACUUUCAGUCACCAGCUUUAUGGCUGCUGUGAAGCUACACCACCUCACAGAAAGAAUUGCCAAUUUCCGGGAAAAUGUCUUUCAAUUCAUUAUCUUGGAAGAAGAGUUUGAAGACUGUUUUUGGCUUUGUGUGGCAGGUGCCACAGCACAUGCAGUAAUUUUGCUGCUAGUAGCCAUUAGUGGGAUUAAUUUCCCUAAAAUUAAGACUAAAACAGAAGAAGCCAACGUUACAGCGGAAGAUAUAAUGUACUAAUAAAUCUACACAUAACUGCUUUAGUCAGGUGAACCAUCAUGAGAGAAACAGCUUCUUGGCUCUUCAGCUUUUGACUUGAAUGGAUGAUUUUGGAAUAAACAUGAGUAAAGAUAUCAGUCUACAGUACCAGCAGGAGGAACAAAAGCUACAAUUACCAUUCUCCUCAGCAGUGUCCAGUCUCUGCAGUGAAUGUAUGCUGUUCACAGGUUUUAGGCAACCCAGUUUGAGAUAUUUUGUAAAUCUCAGGUGGAAUAUGAUUUCUUUGAAACCAAGUGUCUUGACUGUCAAAAUGUGUCACCAAACUCCAAUUUGUUUCCAUACUCUGCUAGAGAAGCAUAAUUUUGCUAUUACACUGAUGAUGAGUAUUCUGGGAUGAAUUUUCCUGAUGAAAUAUUACCAUAAUAAUUCUCA